GAAUGGUGCAGUGACUGGCACAGUUUCCCGGGAGGGCAGAGAAGUGGAGAGAGCUCACUGGUGACAGUUCUGCAGUGUGGGCACCAUACCACUCCACAUUCCUGAUGAGCCGCCAUGAUGUGUGAGCCCAGCUGUGCCCCCAGAGCAGAGGCCCCAUACGCUGCACGGUGUGCGGGAUUGGAAUAAAGGCCUCUCAGUGAAUGGAAAGGAAUAUUCAUGGCGAGAUGGCUGACCAGUACAUGCCUAUCGGUCAGGGGGUCCAGAUCCGAUUCAUUGACGACCUGAAGGAAAACCGAAAACCAAAAAGCCGAAGGUCCAAGCAAGAGUCCUAUGGCGUGGCCGUCCGCGUGCAAGGGAUAGACGGGCAGCCGUUUGUGGUGCUGAACAGCGGGGACAAAACCAAAUCCUCUUAUGGCGUGCAGAUCAAAACGGACAACGCUUACGGAAACUUGUCUCCCAACCCCACGCCCGAGUACCAGGGGAUCACUUCAAAAGCCACUAGGACGGUCCGAUCCAUUAGCUCGGAGUCGGAAUUACCAGAUAACCCGUAUGAAAAUAAGGGGUAUGCCCAGGUUGGCUCGCUGUACAGUAGCACGUCUGAUGAGGAGCAGAGCGCCAGGCCAAGGAACAAGCCCCGGGCCCUACAACCUGCCCGCCGGGAAGAGCUGAAGAGGUCCCAGUCACAUGGUUCCUUAGUAGACACUGAAUUAGACGACUCCUAUGGCUUUGAUGGGCAUUACAGUGAGAGGUCCUACACCCUUGACACUACCUACUCCCAAUCAUCUAGCAGCCGCAACAGCCUAAGAAAGACGGACAAUGGUGGGUACAAACCAGCGACUAGUCAGCAACCGACUACCUUUUCCUCACAUUCAUCGCUGCACAGGAACAACGGCCUUUCCUCAUCACCAAAGCUGGCGAGCGAAGACAUAGACACGAAGCCACUCUCCUCCGUAGAUUCACUUAUCAACAAAUUUGACAGCAAGGUCCAGAUGAGGGGACGGACGGCUAGGAGGAGCCAGGCCAUGAAAGAUGAGAGGAAGCGAUCUCAGAGCCUUGAUGGACGGAGGCCUCACCAGGAUACGGCGGACUCCAGAGAGAUACAAACCACAGAGAGGAAUGUACAACAAGAGAGGAACCAAGAUCUCAACAUGGCCAGCCGACCUUUUAACAGACAGCCAGUGGAACGUCAGGACGUCAAUAAGACCAAGCUGACGACGGAGUGGCUGACACAAAUGGUGGAGGAACCGGUGACCCAGAGACAGCAGCAGAGUACUGUCCAAUCGGAACUGCAGUUGAAGAGCACCCCAGACCUUCUGAAGGACCAGCAGCAGGAUGGAAGCGAUCCCACCCGUGAGAUCAUCUAUAAUAUCCUCCGGGAUGGGUCCAAUGACAGUGAAGCUUUUCUGCGCAAAAAGACCAAUCUUCUCCUGGAAAAGUUUCAGUAUUUCCGGGCGUCCCCGGCAGAAGACACCCGGACUCUGGUCUCUCAGAAGAAGGAACUGGAGAGGAGAGUUUCUGAACUGCAGCAGCAGCUGGAUGAUGAGAUAACGACCAGGAUGAGGCAGGAGGUCUCUAGAGAUCGUCCCAAGGCCUCCAUGCAAAAGUUGGAGAUCCAGCUGGAGGAGAACAUGGAGGAAUGCAAGAAGCUGAAGGAACUCUUAGAGAAGAAGAAGAAUGAGCUGAACUCCAUGUCUCAGGAGUUAAUUGAGGUGCGGAUGAGCAAAGAGCAGGUGGAGACGAAGCUGAGGUCGCUGGAGGUGAAAUUGUUGGACGCCAAGGAAGAGGUGAACCAGCUACGAACCAAGGGGCUGACUGGAGACAAGCAUGCCCUACUUAAGGAGCUGCAGGAGGAGCUGGACGAGGUGCAGCAUAUUCGGCUGAAGCAGGAGGAGCUGCUGAGACAGAAGGAGCGAGAACUGACUGCUCUGAAGGGGGCGCUGAAAGAUGAAGUGGCCAAUCAUGACAAGGAGAUGGAGCAUGUGAGGCAGCAGUACCAGAAUGACAUGCAGCAGCUGAGGAGGAACAUGGACAACGUGUCCCAGGACCAGCUGAGCCUGGAGUCUGAGCGGCAGAAGAUAAAUCAGGUUGUGAGGAAUCUGCAGCGAGAGUUGGAGGAGAGCAGUGAUGAGAUGAACCAGUGGAAAGAGAUGUUUCAAAAGAAUAAAGAGGAGAUGCGCAGCGCAAAGCAGGAGGUGUUGCAGUUGAAGCUGGAGAAGGAGGAGUGUGAGGAUGAGCUGAAUGAGAUGAAAGACCGCUUCUCCCUCCUGCAGUCAGAGCUGGACCAGGUGAAGAAAGGCUCUGUAGAUCCGGGGGAAGUUGAUACUGCGAGAAAGGACCUUCAGCGGUUCCAGGAGCAGGUCAAGCAGCUCUUACAGGAGAAACAGCGGCUGGAAGAUACUUUGCACCAGCGGGACAGGGAGCUCUCUGCCCUGAAGGGGGCGCUAAAAGACGAGGUGUCUGGUCACGACCGCGAGACGGAAAAACUACAGGAGCAGUUCAACAGGCAGCUGCAACAGACCAAGAAGGACUACGACGAGCUGCUGAAGGAGCUGCCGCGUUUCCAGGAUCAGGUACAGCAACAUUCCCAGGAGAAACAACGGCUGGAAGACAGCCUGCACCAGCGGGACAGGGAGCUCUCUGCCCUGAAGGGGGUGCUGAAACAGGAGGUGUCCGGACACGACCGCAACACAGAGAACCUGCGGGAUCAAUUCAACAAAGAGCUGCAACAGACCAAGAAGGACUAUGAGGACCUCUUCAGGGUCAAGAAGAAUCUAGAGGAUGAGAAGGCCAACUCAGACCGCAUGCGACAGGUGAUUGAGAACUCUCUGCAGGAUGCCCGGGAUGAGAACGAUGAUCUCAGGAGAAAGAUUUUGGGACUGGAGGCCCAGCUGAAGGAGAUGAAUACGUUCUGUGACGACCUCCAACGCGCAGAGGCCCGGCUCAAGGACAAAGUCGGCAAACUAGAAGCUGAAAAGAAGAGGAUGGAGGAGUCUUUGGGAGAAGCCACCGACCAGGGCCAAGAAUUUUCCACGGUAAGGAGGGAACUGGAGAGCCGGCUGGACGAGGCUCAGAGGAGCUUGAAGCGUCUUACGUUGGAGUACGAUGAGCUACAAGAGUGUUACCAGGAAGAAAUGAAGCAGAAGGACCAGCUGAAGAAGACCAAGAACGAGCUGGAGGAGCAAAAGCGUCUGCUGGACAAGUCCAUGGAGAAGCUGACCAGAGAGCUGGACAACAUGUCAAACGAGUCUCGGGACUCUCUCCAGAUCUUGCAGAAGCAGUUGGAAGAGUAUAAGGAGAAAUCUCGCAGGGAGAUAACGGAGACUCAGAAACAGGCCAAGGAGAAGGUGGCCGAUUCAGAGAGACUGCAGAUCAGCAUGGGCCGGCUGCAGGAGGAAGUGCAGCGGCAGAAGCAAGCGCUGCAGGAGAGUCAGACCGAGCUGGAGAACGCAUUGCUGGACAAGCAGAUGGUCAGUCAGAGACUGCAGAGCCUGGAGCAGGACAUAGAGUCCAAGAAACGCUUCCAGGAUGACCGCUCCCGACAGGUGAAAGGGCUGGAGGACAAACUGAAGCAUCUGGAGGUGGAGCUUGAUGAGGAGAAGAACACGGUGGAACUUCUGACAGACCGGGUAAACCGCAGCAGGGACCAGAUGGAUCAGCUGCGAGCAGAGCUGAUGCAGGAGAGGACCAGCCGGCAGGAUCUGGAGUGUGACAAGAUCUCUCUGGAGAGACAGAACAAAGAUUUGAAGAGUCGUCUGGCUAGCAUGGAGGGUCAGCAGAAGCCCAGCGCCAACACAUCUCAGAUGGAGGCCAGACUGCAGGAGAUCCAGGAAAGGCUGCAAUCCGAGGAGAGGGAAAAGAACCUGCUGCUGUCCUCUAACCGUAAGCUGGAGAGAAAGCUGAAGGAACUGAACAUACAGCUGGAAGAUGAGAGACUGCAGGUCAAUGACCAGAAAGACCAGCUCAACCUGAGGGUGAAGGCCUUAAAGCGACAGGUGGAUGAGGCUGAGGAGGAGAUUGAGAGGAUGGAGGGUUUGCGGAAGAAGGCGGUGCGAGACAUGGAAGAAGCGCACGAGAUGAAUGAGCAGCUGCAGGCGCGGAUCAAAGCGAUGGAGAAAGAGUCUAAGUAAGAAUGAGGCUCUAGC